CAGCGAGUGGGCGCCUGUACCCCACGGGAUGAGCUAGGGCGCCCCAUAGGAUACUUCUCGCUACCUGUGUGGGAUCUGUCCUGCGCUAAAGGCACUUGGGUGAGGGCGGGGGGGGAGACUGCGUGAGAGUGAGCGGGGAAGGAAAAGUUCAGGAGGAAACCGCAAGGUGAAGUAGUCUAGUCCGUGAGCGCAGCACCCCCGUCACCAGCCAUCAUGCCUAGAGCCUUCCUGGUGAAGCGAAGGAGCCCCCCGCCCGUCAUCCGCAACUGGGACGAACUCCCGGACGAGGAGAGAGCGGAUACCUAUAUCCCAGACACCAUAGACUGUAUCUUUAAGUAUGUCACUGAAGAUAGCCUCAGUAACAGCAGCGCUGGGGACCCUGCUGGGGACAGUCCUGAGAGAAGCAGCAGUGACUCUGGGAGCUGUAAUGGCAGCAUCACCACCCCCCCUCACAACACACCCCAAAGUGGACUUGUGUCCCCCUCUAGAAAGGACUCCACAAAGCAAGAGGAUGAGGAGGAACAGACUUCAGACCCUCAUGGAAAAAGACCAUCGGCCAGAUCAAAAAUUAAGUUCACAACUGGGUCGUGCAGUGAGGAGAUUUACAGUUGUGAGAUCUGUGCCAAAGGCUUCCGUUUACAACGCAUGCUCAAUCGUCACCUCAAGUGUCAUAAUCAAGUAAAAAGGCACCUGUGCACCUUCUGCGGGAAAGGCUUUAAUGAUACUUUUGACCUAAAAAGACACGUGAGGACACACACAGGCAUCCGCCCUUACAAAUGUGAGAUCUGCAACAAGGCAUUUACUCAGAGGUGUUCCCUGGAAUCUCACCUUAAGAAAAUCCACGGGGUUCAGCAGGGUUACGCUUACAAACAACGCAGGGAUAAGCUCUUUGUCUGUGAGGAUUGUGGCUACACUGGACCCUCCCAAGAGGACUUGUACCUACAUGUUUAUGAUAGCCACCCAGGAAGUGCUUUCCUCAAGAAAACCACCAAAAAACUGGCAGCCAUUUUACAAACCAAAAUCACAUCUGUUCUUCAGAUAAAGUCCACAGCACAAGAAGAGGUGGAGGCAGAGUGAGAAGACAAACGGCGCUUAGACAGAUGUUUACAGAGUUUAUGAACUUCCCAUUUUUUAUUGCCUAUUUUAUUGCUUUUUUUAAAGUGGGGAGAUUUCUAAAUUAUACAAUGAACUCACUGUGGUUGGAUAUCUUUUUUUACAUUAUGACAAAUGAUUGGGCCAAAAAAUUUAUUCAAGUAUACAUUUUUAGAAUAUGAUUAUCUUGUGAAUGUGUUAUGAACUGUACAAUUGUAUAGCAGUGUAAAUAAAUAUAUUAGCCCUUAAAUUGAAGUAUAAUGCUAGUAGGUGCCUUUCUCAAUAAUACUGAGUAGAUUUCUUAUUUCACAUGGGUUACAGUUUGAAUUUUGUGAUAAAAUGAUUGCUGUGUUUUCCCUGCCAUCCUCUUGAUACAUUUAAUCCAGUUCACACACAUCUGCUUAUUUGUGGGAGGUGAGAGCAUUAUGUGGCAAUGCAGUGCAUCCCUGUGGCAGUCGUAAUGCCAUCAGACAGACAGAAGGACCUGCAGCACCACAUUAUUUCAGUCAGAUCAAGAAUAAUUUCCCCUUUUAUUCCUAUGGAUAUAAAUUGAUUCCCACUUGCAGCGGGAGACCAAACACUGAAGUGCGUGUGGCCUUAUACAGGUGGAAUAGGCAUUUUGUGGUGCAUCUGGUACAUAGUGCUCACCGCUUAUUUCAGUGGAGAUAAUGAUAUGGCAUUUCUGGCAAUAAAGUCUGCUCCAUCCAUAUUAUAACAUCCCAAUAUUCCUACAUUCAUGUGCUUAUGGGUGAAUAUAUGUUUUUAUAACAUAUUUAUAUUGUGUGUAACUGACUCACUGGUUAAUGCAUAUUUUUGUUCAUGGAAAAUAUAUCAAAAUAUUACACACCUGCCAUUUCUUAUGGGAACAUUUUAUAUUUUAUCUAUAACUUCCUUUCCGUAUGAUGUAAAUUCUAAAAAGAACACUUACAAAAGAAUGUCCUAUAGAUGCUACUGGCGGAAUGAAAUAUGUAUCUUGCAAUAAUAAUAAUAUCAGAAAGCGCCUUUGUGUUUACUUGUACAUCUAGCCAGUGGCGAAAGUUUUGGGGCCCUGCCCCCGCAGUUUUUAUUUCCAGGACCCCAACCAAACACCCCCGCACCUGGCUGAAAUCAUGGGCGGCACCCACGACGCACAAAAAUUUGCGGGUGACCCCUGUGGCCGUGGGGUCUGUUGUGUCUGUAGUUGUGCUACUGCAUGUAGUGGUGGGACAGACGCAAGUAAUCACCUGUUUAUUCAGUGGGUUGACAGCUCAUUAAUAUGCAUGGUAUUAAACUGGGAAUUAAUUACUGCAACAAACAUUCAUGCUAUGUCACACAUGAGGUUUUCGCCUCCAACUAAAAACGCAGAUACAUUAUGUAGCAUUGUGUAUUCAGUCACAGAGAAAAUCUCACAAAUGACAUUAGCCUGAACGUGGCUUUGGCAGCAGGUAAGAAUGAAAUAAUAAUACUAAGAUACUGGAACCAAAUGCAAAACUGUGGUAGAUCCCUUUUGAUCUGCAUGUGCCUUAAAAGCAAUUUUUGUAAAAAAUGAAUAAUUUUUACUUUCAUAUAAAAUGUUUUUUUAACAAGAUGACUACAUUGUUGUGUAUAUAGAGAGAAUGGGUGCUGGUGCCUUUUAAUAAACAAAAAAAACAAA